CGCAUCGUCGCCCUCGUCUCGAAGCCAACUCGCGACACCCAAAACCGAAAAAAAAACCAAACCCUCGUCACUUCCCACCUCUUCGGCGGCGGCGGCGGAGGCGGCCAUGGCAGCGGCGGCGGUGGCCACGGUGAGCUCCGCGAGCGGCAUCCUCGCGAUGCUGCAGGAGCCGGCGGAGGAGCUCAAGCUGCACGCGCUCGCCAGCCUCAACUCCGUCGUGCACCUCUUCUACCCGGAGAUCUCCACCAGCAUCCCCACCAUUGAGAGCCUGUAUGAAGACGAGGAUUUUGAACAAAGGCAGCUCGCUGCACUUGUUGUUUCUAAGGUAUUUUACUACCUUGGGGAGCUAAACGAUGCACUGUCCUAUGCACUUGGUGCUGGGCCUCUGUUUGACAUUUCCGAGGAUUCUGAUUAUGCUCAUGCUCUUUUAGCAAAAGCAUUGGACGAGUAUGCCCGUUUAAAGACGAAAGCUCCUAAAGGCACGAGGAGGAAGAAAUAUGUGGACCCCAGAUUAGAGGCCAUAGUGGAGAGAAUGCUGGAGAAGUGUAUUCUUGACGGUAAAUAUCAGCAGGCCAUGGGAAUGGCUGUUGAAUGCAGGAGACUUGACAAACUGGAGUCGGCGAUUGUUCGAUGUGACAAUAUUCAUGGGGCUCUUUCGUAUUGUAUCAACCUUUCCCAUCAAUAUGUUAACCACCGUGAAUAUCGAUUUGAGGUUCUUCGCUGUCUUGUUAAGAUAUACCAAACAUUGCCACAUCCAGAUUACCUGAGUAUUUGCCAAUGCUUAAUGUUCUUGGGCGAGCCUGAAACUGUGGCAAACAUAUUGGACAAGCUGCUUUCUGGAAGCAAGGAUGAUGCUCUCCUUGCGUACCAAAUUGCCUUUGAUCUCGUUGAAAAUGAAAAUCAAGCUUUCCUUUUGAAUGUGAGGAAUCGUCUGGCUUCACAAACUCCUGAGUCUAACCCUGAUAGUGGAUCGGCUUUACCGGAUGAUCAAGCUGCUAAUGCGGGUACGGGCAGCACAGAACCAGCUGGGGAUGUUCAGAUGAGAGAUGACACAGCUACACCAAAUGGUAGUUCUCACACAGUAGAUCCAAAUGAGGUAGCACGUGCUGAUAGGCUUGCGAAAAUAAAAGGAAUACUGUCAGGGGAGACAUCUAUCCAGUUGACACUGCAAUUUUUGUAUAGCCACAAUAGGUCGGAUCUUUUAAUUUUGAAAACAAUAAAGCAGGCUGUGGAAAUGAGGAACAGUGUUUGCCACAGUGCAACAAUAUGUACCAAUGCAAUCAUGCAUGCUGGAACAACUGUAGACACCUUCCUAAGAGAGAAUCUGGAGUGGUUAAGCAGGGCAACCAAUUGGGCUAAAUUCAGCGCAACCGCUGGACUAGGUGUCAUUCACAGAGGCCAUCUUCAACAAGGGCGAGCUUUGAUGGCCCCCUACCUACCUCAAAGUGGUGCCGUUGGUGGUGGUAGUCCAUACUCAGAAGGAGGUGCCCUAUAUGCCCUGGGUUUGAUUCAUGCUAACCAUGGUGAAGGGAUCAAACAAUUCCUUCGUGAAAGCCUUCGCAAUACCAGUGCUGAGGUGAUCCAGCACGGAGCCUGUUUGGGCCUUGGGCUUGCAGCUUUGGGAACAGCAGAUGAGGAGAUAUAUGAGGACAUAAAAAAUGUUCUUUACACGGACAGUGCUGUGGCUGGUGAAGCAGCUGGUAUUGGAAUGGGCUUGCUUAUGGUUGGGACAGCCAGUGAGAAGGCCAGUGAGAUGCUUGCUUAUGCUCAUGAUACACAGCAUGAAAAGAUUAUUAGGGGUUUGUCACUUGGCAUUGCGUUGACAGUUUAUGGCAGGGAAGAGGAAGCUGACACCCUGAUUGAACAAAUGACAAGGGAUCAAGAUCCCAUAUUACGUUACGGUGGCAUGUAUGCAUUGGCUCUAGCCUACAGGGGAACUGCAAAUAACAAAGCCAUACACCAGCUGCUGCAUUUUGCUGUAUCAGACGUCAGUGACGAUGUUCGGAGGACUGCAGUUAUGGCUCUUGGAUUUGUUCUAUACAAUGAACCUGAGCAGACUCCUAGAAUUGUGUCCCUGCUCUCUGAAUCAUACAACCCACAUGUCCGUUAUGGUGCUGCUUUAGCUGUUGGGAUAUCAUGCGCGGGAAGUGGAUUAAGUGAUGCAAUUUCCUUGUUGGAGCCUCUCACAUCAGAUGUUGUUGACUUUGUUCGCCAGGGAGCUCUCAUUGCUAUGGCGAUGGUCAUGAUUCAGACUAAUGAAUCCUUUGAUUCUCGUGUUGGAACAUUCAGGCGUCAAUUGGAAAAGAUCAUUCUUGACAAACAUGAGGACACCAUGAGCAAAAUGGGUGCCAUACUGGCUUCUGGUAUUCUAGAUGCUGGUGGCAGGAAUGUCACAAUCAAACUUCUCUCAAGGAACAAGCACGACAAGCUUACUGCUGUGGUUGGCCUUGCUGUUUUCAGUCAGUUCUGGUACUGGUAUCCUCUCCUGUAUUUUAUUAGCUUGGCCUUCUCGCCAACAGCCUUCAUUGGACUCAACUCCGAUCUUAAAGUACCGAAGUUUGAGUUCUUGUCACAUGCUAAACCAUCCCUCUUUGAGUAUCCCAAACCGACAACGCAACAGACUACGACUUCAGCUGUCAAACUGCCGACAGCCAUUUUGUCAACAUACGCCAAGGCGAAAUCUAGGGCAAAGAAGGAUGCAGAAAGCAAAGCUAACCAGGAGAAAGCAACCGAAGAUGCUUCUGGCUCUAGUUCAAGCAAGGCCACCAAAACUCAGGAGAAGGAUGCCGAUGCAAUGCAGGUUGAUAACGCGGCGGAGAAGAAGGCUCCUGAACCCGAACCAACCUUCCAGAUCCUCACAAACCCAGCACGCGUCAUCCCUACCCAAGAGAAGUUCAUCAAGUUUAUCGAGGGCAGCCGAUAUGUCCCGGUGAAACCUGCUCCAUCUGGAUUCAUCCUCCUCCAGGACAUGCAGCCAACCGAGGCGGAGGUACUCGCACUCACCGAUGCCCCCUCAACUGUGGCUGCGACCACUGGUAGCGCCGCUGCUGCCACAGGCCAACAGGCCUCAUCUGCCAUGGCUGUCGACGACGAGCCGCAGCCACCACAACCUUUCGAGUACACCUCGUGAUGGUAGAAAUGUAGGAGGCUUGUAAUAGAGAUCUGGACUCGCAAAUCCUUUCUUUCCUACUGUAUACGUUGCUUAUUCUUUUUUGAGUAUGUAAUGCGCGGAAAUUUGUUGCUGGAAAAAAAAUAACUGAUGAAUCGUCCGUAGAGAACUUUGAUGGAGAUUA